AUGAUUUACAGCUGCUAAGUCAUUCGAAAACACUUUCUGUUGAAUUAGACAUACAAGUUGUAGAUCUAGGAAGAGAAAUUAUUUAUUGGAUUAGAAGUACAAUCUUAAUUUUUAAUUUUUAAUAGGAUCGGCCAGCAAAGUAUGAGCUGGAAAUAAAUUUGCAAAAUAAAAUAAGUUGGAAAGUGAAUGAUCAAGGGAUUUUAUUAGCAUUUGGUCUAAAAUAUUAAAAUUCAUGCAAAUGGUUUUAUGGUUAACCUUCAGAUUUGUUACAAUUAAAAGCCAUACUAAAUAAUCGAAUAUUUUUUAAUAGCAUUUCUAACUUCUAUACAUCCAACGAAUAAAUAGGUUCUGGAGCCUCAUGCAAAGUUCUUUUAAUAACAGAUAUAUAAACCAAAAAAAAAUAUGCUGCUAAAUGCAUAAGCAAAGAUUAUAUUACAAAAAAAAAAACACCUGAUAGACUGAAUAGACUAUUUAAUGAAAUAAAUAUAUUAAGAUCAAUUCAAAAUCAUAAAAAUAUUGUUAAAUUGAUUAAUAUUUUUGAAGGAGAAUAAACAUAUUAUCUUGUUUUUGAAUAUUUAGAAGGUGAAACUUUGCACAAAUUUUUAAAAUUAUAAACUGAUCACAUUCCAGAUAUUUCAAUAAGGAUUAUAUUGCUGGUAAGUUUGAAUAUUAACUUACUAGUAACUAUUACAGGGUAUCAAUUCAUUUCAUUCUGAAAAUUAUAUCCAUAGAGACAUCAAAUUAGAAAAUAUUGUUUUUUGUAAACCAAAUGUCAUAAGUUCCCUUAAAUUAAUUGACUUUGGAUUAGCAAUUUCAAAUAUUUAACCUGUUUCAUUUGCUGUUUGUGGUACACCAGGUUAUAUAGCUCCUGAGAUUUUGUAAUAUGAUGAAAAUAAAUAAGGAUAAAAAUUUAGGUUUACUUCUAAAGUAGAUAUGUUUGGAAUUGGAGUUAUUCUCUAUAGAUUGUAUUAUUAUUUUAAUAAUCAUUUAGAAUGAAUAGAUAACCAUUAUUUGAAUCUGACAAAACUAAAGAUUUACUAUAAUAAAAUAAAAAAUGUCAUUUUAAUAAAGGAUAUCAUAAUUUUUAUACAAAUGCACUUAAUCAAGUCUUAAUAGGACUUUUAGAAGUUAAUCCAAAUAAACGUUUAUCAUCAGAUGAGGCUAUUUAAUUAUUAUCUUAAUAAUAAAUUUUGAAAGAAAUGGGAGGAUCAUUUGCCACUACUAAAAGUCAUUAAAAUGAUAUUGAUGAAUUUGAAGUUGAAUAAACUAUAGAUCAUGCAAAUCAACCUUAUCCAUUUUAAGCUAAAAUUUACAAAUAAGAAUUAGAAAAUAGUUAUCAUUAAAAUGAUGAUAAUAGAUUAAUCAAUUCAUUACAAAGAUCUUAUUUUCCUUCCUUUAGCUUGGCUUUAAGUUAAGACAUGUUUGAUAGUUCAACUUAAUAAAUCUCUAUGCGAAAUGCAUUAAUUGAAGAUGAGAUAAUUGAAUCAGAUAUACAUUAAAAAUAAAAGUAAAAGUGA